AUGGAAGGUCAAUCAGCUAUAAGGAUGCCUCGAAUAAUGCUCAGUAACUUUAAAUUUGACGACGGAGCAGUAAAGGACGGUGCAUAUGGUGUAGUGAGACUAGCAGAAGGAAUAGAGCGAGGCUAUUUCGUAGUUCUGAAGGGUCAAUCUGACUCCCAAGUGACAUUCGACGUGCCGUAUUUAUAUAAUACACAGAGGAGACCUCUAACAUUCCACUUUGAGCUCUUCUCAUCUGGUGAAACCAGUCAUGUUGUUGGCACAGCUGCAUGGUCUAUUGAUGCUCCACACCAAGCACUUUGGGGAGAACAAUCGCCGUUGGGAGGUCUACACAAAGUGACGUUUUCGAAUGGACAUGGUGCUGAAAAUAUGGUCCAUAUGUCGUUUCAAGUGGUUAUUGUUACGCCCUUAGACAAGGUGUUUAAAGGUCAACCGUUUACGUGGCAUUACAAGACGCCUCAAAUCAUUGGACAUCGAGGACUAGGAGCCAACCGAGAAAUAAGGAAUGGACAAUCACGACUUCAAAUCGGCGAGAAUACUGUCUUGUCAUUGACAAAGGGGGGUGAACUUGGGGCUACGAUGGUUGAAUUCGAUGUUCAGUUGAGCAAGGAUCUGGUGCCCAUUAUUUAUCAUGACUUCGAAUUCAAAGAAUUUGGUGUACCGAUACCGAUAUCCUCGUUCAACGCAUCACAAUUCCUGGCGUUACGAGAAUCACCAAACAGUACUAUAAAACGAUCCAAGUCACUUGAUACACUUCAUACACCAUCGUCUGAUAGGCCAUACACGGUCGGCAAGAAUGGAGCAGGAACAAUACAGGGCUCCUUCCCAACACUGAAGGAGUUCUUUUUAAAGGUACCUAUACGUACAGGCUUCAACAUUGAAAUCAAGUAUCCAAUGGGUGAUAAGGAAACAUCAGUCGCUCAUCCGGUAGAGCUUAAUCUAUAUGUCGACAAGAUAUUGGAGGUUGUUGCUGAAUAUGGUGGGGAUCGUGAGAUUGUGUUUUCGAGUUUUCAUCCAGAGGUUGUUAGAGCUUUAUCUCUCAAGCAGACACACUACCCAAUCCUAUUCCUAACAGAGGGUGGGACUCACGAUGAUCCUUCAUGGACUGAUCCACGUGUAACCUCUUUGCAAGGAGCACUGGACUACUCAGUAGCACUUGGAAUUGCUGGUGUCGUAACUCACGUACCUCCCAUCGUUAAUAAUCCAAAUCUUGUUCGUAUGUUUAAGGAAGCCAACAAGCUACUCUUCACGUAUGGACAAUUGAGUAAUGAUACGGAGAUUGCAUUGAUGCAAGCUGAAAGGGGAGUUGAUGGGAUUAUCGUUGAUCAUGUUGGUAGUAUCGUAAAGGCGUUCAAGUCACAUCGGCUGCUGUAG